UGGAGGCCGCCCGGCCCGCCCCGGCCGGGGCCCCCGCGGGGCCGGCCGGGCGAGCGCAUCGGUGUUCGUAUAUAAGCGGGCGGGAGGCGGAGCCGGGCACUCGCCUCCUGGCAGCGACAGCAGCAGCAUCUGCAACACCAUGAAGUCCCUCGUUUUAUUAGCCGCCGUUUUGGCCGUGGCCUCCGCCGCCCCGCAGUUCAACAACUACCAGGGCCAGCAGGCCUACAAGCAGUCCACCUCCUCACAACAGUACGUGGAGCAGAGCAGUCCCGAACAGAAGUCCUCGCUGAGCCAGUACGUGCAGGCCAAGAAGCCCGUCCUGCCUCCCAUUGCCAUCACCAGCUUCUCGCGCGACGUGCAGCCUGCCGGCGACUACAAGUACAGCUACGGCACUGAGCACGGCAUCAACAUCCAGGAGGACGCAAAGAUCAAGGAGAUCAUCGACGAGAAGAACGAGCCCCACCACGUUCCCGCCGUCACCGGCUCCUACUCGUACGUCGGCGACGACGGCCAGACCUACACCGUCAACUACAUCGCCGACGAGUUCGGCUUCCGCGCGUCCGGCGCCCACCUGCCCAACCCGCCAGCGGUCCCCGCCGACAUCGCCAAGUCCAUCAAGACCCUGCCGCCCCUGCCCAAGGACGAGCCCGUACAACAGGUGCAGAAGCAGCCCGCCUUCCAGCAGUACCAGCAGCAGCAGUACCAGCAGAGGUAUCAACAGUACAAGCAGUUCAACUAGAUGCACAUCUCACUCCUCUACCUUCUCCCCUUCUGUCUUUCUAGUGUA